AUGAUAGCUUUUACACAAUAAGAGCUUUAGACCAGUUUUUUCAAAAACACUUGCUUCCCAUUUAUUUCCAGCAACUCUUUAUAUUCGCCUGAUUGCACAUCGCGACAUUAAUCCAGAGGAUAUAUUAAUAGUUGCAGAUUAUAAAUUUAACAUUGUGAUUUUGGCUUUUCUCGAAGAACUUGA